AUGAAGGCUACUUUCUUCAUAUGCUUCCUCAUAACAUUCACCUUCUCUUGCUCAUCCAAAACCACCACCACUACUGGCAGCAUAAACUGGUGGUGCACUCAAACCCCAUACUACCAAACAUGCACUCGCUACAUUGCCGAGAGUAGCCCCUCCACCGCGAACAUAUCUAUAAACCAGUUCCUAGACAUAACUGUAAACACGGCUAUAGACGAAGCACGCUUGGUCCUAAAACGCACCCAAGGGAUCGAGGCCCGUACUAACCCAAACGGUAUAGAAAAAAUCUUAUGGCAUAGUUGUGCUGAUUUCUUUGACGGGAUGGUGUUCACACUGAACAUGGUCCUUGACCAUACCCACCAACCCAGCACAGAUGACAUCCACACGUGGAUAAGUGCUAGUAUAACCUACAUCGACGUGUGCGAAAAAGGGUUCGAGACAAUGAACAUAACCACCGACUUGUUACCCAAAGUAACCACCAAUUUAACACAACUACUACUCAACUCUUUGGCUAUUAGUGUUGUUAUGAAGGGUGCUAAUCCUCCUGGGUUGCACGAAUUGAACUUUGGCGACGAGUUAUACAACUUUUCGGGUUUGAAAACAGUACAGCCAGACGUGGUGGUGGCUAAAGAUGGCUUGGGAAAUUUUACAACAGUUUAA